CACCUACCGCCCGCUCGGGACUGGGUCAGCUGGGUGCGUGCCGGGAUGGGCGGGCUCCUGUUAGCCACAGCUUUGAGAGAUUCUUAGGACUUGGAGGGGGAAGCGCCUUUUCCUUUAAUUGCUCCGAGGACUGCUGCCAAAGAAACGGAGUAGAUCUACUCCCUUUUGAGGGAGGGAGCAGAGCGGGAUUUGUCAGCCAUGUUGGUGAAGGCAGACGAAGGCGACUGCGGCUCCUGGAUGGUUGGCUCCGUGGGUUCUAACCCGCCAUAUUAAUAAAGAGAACGGGGAGGUUGACCCCCUCUUCGCCCCCACACACAAGCCCUUCUUCCCACCCCCACUUUCGAGGCUAAGCGCAGUAGGUCCUUGGUCUGCCUCGAUUGUCUAACCUGGGCCGGAAGCAAGCUUAGCAGCCGGCGCCUCAGAACAGGCUUAGAACAGCGCCGAAUGAGGGGGCAAGGGAAAUGCCGACCAAUUGCGCCGCCGCGGGCUGUGCUACCACCUACAACAAGCACAUUAACAUCAGCUUCCACAGGUUUCCUUUGGAUCCUAAAAGAAGAAAGGAAUGGAUUCGCCUGGUUAGGCGCAAAAAUUUUGUGCCAGGAAAACAUACCUUUCUUUGUUCAAAGCACUUUGAAGCCUCCUGUUUUGACCUAACAGGACAAACUCGACGGCUUAAAAUGGAUGCUGUUCCAACCAUUUUUGAUUUUUGUACCCAUAUAAAGUCUGUGAAACUCAAGUCAAAGAAUCUUUUGAAGAAAAACAACAGUUGUGCUCCAUCUGGACCGUCUAAUUUAAAAUCAAACCUAAAUACUCAACAAGUACUACUUGAACACAGUUAUGCCUUUAGGAAUCCAAUGGAGGCAAAGAGGAGGAUAAUUAAGCUGGAAAAAGAAAUCGCAAGCUUGAAAAGAAAAAUGAAGACCUGCCUACAGAAAGAACGUAGAGCAACUCGUAGAUGGAUCCAAGCCACGUGCUUGGUGAAGAAUUUAGAAGCAAAUAACAUAUUACCUAAGGGCACAUCAGAACACAUUUUACCAACUGCCUUAAGUAGUCUUCCUUUGGAGGAUUUUAAGAUUCUUGAAGGAAAGCAACAAGAUAAAACACUGGCAGUUACCUAAAUCUAACACAGAUGAAGGGCACCUUCACUGAAGUUUAGCUUGCACAGAACUUGAUGUCCAAUCUUCAUUCUUUUUGGAGGCAAAGAUAUUUAUGGUAAUUAUGCUGAAGUUGAUUAUUAAUAAAGCUUUACUUGAAGUACCAUUACUGUAUAACUUAUAAAGACUUGAUUACAAAAAAAAUUUUAUGAGGCUUUUAUUUGAAAAUUAUUCGAAGUGCCUUACGUUAGAAUUACAUUCUUAAAAUUUUUGCUAGGAAAUUACUAUGUUUGCGAGAUGUUUUGUAUUUAUUUAAGCUACUGUUAAAGAACAGCAUGUAACACAUAAUAUGUGUAAUUUAUAUUAGAAAAAGAAUCCUUGUCCAGUUCCAAAGUUGGAAAAUUAAAUUCUAAAUAAGAUGCUAAGUAGUAGCUAACCAACAUUAAAUAGUGAUCUUAAAACUGUUGGGGUUUGGGCCGGAGCCGUGGCUCACUUGGUUAAUCCUCUGCCUGCAGAGCCGGCAUCCCAUAUGGGCACUGGGUUCUUGUCCAUUUGCUCCUGUUCCGGUCCAGCUCUCUGCUGUGGCCCGGGAAGGCAGUGGGGGAUGGCCCAAGUGCUUGGGCGCCUGCACCCGUGUGGGAGAUCUGGAAGAAGUACCUGGCUCCUGGCUUUGGAUCGGCGUAGCUCCGGCUGUGGUGGCCAUUUGGGGGGUGAACCAAUAGAAGGAAGACCUUUCUCUCUUAUCUCUCUCCCUCGCUGUCUAACUCUACCUGUCAAAUAAAAAAAAAAAAACUGUAAAAUAUUUUGGAAUGUGUAGUAUCCUUGAAUCAUCCAAAUUUGAUAAGGCCUCAAGUACCUCAGACUGAUAAAAAUCCGUAGCUGACUAUAUUGACUUUACAAACAUGUAAUAUACAUGUUUCAGGAUCUAGCUUUACCUUAAUUAAACAAUAGAGAAACACAUAUGACUCUUCUUAUAAUAAAAAUACUAUAUUUACAUCUUCAAAAUUGAUGUAUUAGUAAGCACAUGUGUUAGCAAAUUCUGUAUUAGGUACUUCUGCUCCUAUAAGUGUUGAUACUAAAACUCAAGCUUUUUUUUUUUUCUUCUUUUUAACUUUCUAAAUACAUUCUGUAUCUCAGAAAUAGCAUAUCUGCAUAGUAGACUUUUUCCCCUCCCUUUUCAUAAACCAGCAGCACUUAGAGUAUUACAUCUAAAUAAUUCAUAACCAAAAAUAGGAUCUAUCUUACACAUAAGCUUGCUUUUUAUUUCCUUUUUCAGUAAGUCAAAUAGAGCAACCGUAGUGCAAUUGGGAAAUGAAAUGUAGUUCUUAUAUGUUUUUGAUAAAGCUGUGCAAAUGCUGAUUAUUUUAUAAAACAACUCUUUUGUGGUUGCCACAUGACUAUUAAAGUAUUUGCCUUAUUUCACCAAAUAUUUAAUAAAAAUUAUUUCCUUCAAACAGCUUUGUUCCAAUCAUGUAAAAACAUAUUAGUAUAUCAUCAAGUUAUUUAAUCCUAAUUCAAACUUGUGAUGCUACCAUAUGAAAGCAUAUAGCUGAUCAUAAAUUGGUAUAAAUCUUUCCUGUAAAGUAAUGGCUACUUUGAUAAAAAGAAACUUUGGUCAGCAAUUUGGGUUCCCCUACCCCUUUUUUAAAAUGAUAUUUGCUUGGAUCCUGGUAACAAUCUUUUGACAAUGUUAGCACUGUUUUAAUAAGGAAUGUCUCAAGCAAAUGCAAAGGUAGGAAGAAAUUUUCUUAGUUCUCAUGAGGUAUUUACAGCAAAUAUUUUCUGAAAAUCCUUCCGUGGGUGGUAUUUCUUAAGUUGUUUUAUCUUUGUCAUAAGUACUGGAUGUAGUUCCUUGAAAUUGUCAUUAUAUGUAUUUUAGUAUGGUUUCAAAUACCUUUUCAGUGGUAUAAAUUCAUCAGCAAAUACUAACUGCAUCUGCUUUAUAAUAUAGGCAAAAUUUAAGUUGGGGCAAUAAUCAUUUUAGCAUAAACUGUGUUUUCCAGGACACUCAUGUGGCUUACCUCCUACUCCAAAUACAAAACAAACACUAUUUUAUUAAUGUAGCCCAAUUCCCAUUUAUAAUAAUUAUGUUGUAUAAUAUUUUUAAACCAUUAAGGCAUAAAAUACGGAAGCUUUUGGCAAAAUUACUGUUUUCAUUAUUAUUUGACACCAUUGAAUAAACUGCCACUCAGUUUUAGAGCCAA